AUGGCGCCCAUCACCACUUGGAUGCACCAGAAGCAGUGCCAAGAUAAAUUUAAAAACUUCUCAUACAUACCAGACGAGGAAGCUGCCACACUCGACAGCCAAUUCUUCGAGUACUCUAAACUACUAGAUAACAAGAGAGAUGGAAAAACUAUCACCUUAUAUCGUUCCGAUUACUGGAUGAGACAGGCGAAAAUAUUAGAAGACAGGAAGAUAACCAUGACCAACACCGAUUUGAAAUACUGCGAAGCUUAUUUUGACUCAGUCAUAUGCUGGAAACCCACCCCGGCCGGGAACACUACCUUCGAGAACUGUCCCGACGUACGCCUCAGUGAUCCUACCAAAUUAGCCUUCAGAACUUGUGGCCAAUCUGGACUGUGGUUGAAUCGGCGACAGAUCGAAUCUAGCGUUGCUGGCUGGACCAAUUACACUCCUUGUUUCCCGGCCAAUGUUAAACAUCUGUUUGAUCAAGUAACAGACGACGAUAACGCACAGAUUAAAUCCAAAGCUUUAAUCCAAAUUGCCCGAAACACUCGUAUAUUGGACAUAAUCGGUUUUAGUGUAUCAUUAAUAGCUCUAGUGCUGUCUCUAUUUAUUUUUACACGCUUCAGGUCAUUAAAAAACCACCGCAACAGAAUACAUAAGAGUUUAUUCACUGCGAUGAUACUGCAAUACCUUCUUCAACAAUUACUAUAUAUUGAUCAGGAAUUUGCACGUAGUAGACCUGGGGAUCAUUUCAUCUCUACGAACUCAUCAAUCCAUGUAAUCGAGAACACGCCGUACGUCUGUGAGAUUUUUUACGUGCUGUUGGAGUACUUCAUAUCGGCGAUGUUCAUAUGGAUGUUAAUUGAGGGCAUAUAUCUGAACAGCUUGGUAUCUAUCGCCGCCUUUAAAUACCGCGUCUCCUACGUUAUCUACUACUCUGUUGGAUGGGGUGUGCCCUUCAUCAUCACCGCUGUGUGGGCUGUAAUUACCGCCUUGCAUUAUCAAAAAGAAGAUGUCAAAAAGUGCUGGUAUGGAUACAAUUUCGAACGAAUUUACUGGAUAGUGCAAGGGCCGCGACUGGGAAUCGUCGUUAAAAUGAGCAGAGAAGAACAAAUACCUAAUAAACUGGAUACAAGAAACUGA